AUGGCCAGGAGCCGGGCGUUCAGCAAUGUCGCGAGGCGGCUCGCGCUUGGCUUCACAAAUUCCCAGAGGUUCUCCGCACCGCCUUCGCUCCCACAGUUAGUGUCUCACGCUGGAUCUGCGACAUUGGUAACUCCUCAGCUCCAUUUCGCCAACGACUCGCACGCUAGGCUGCACACUCACUCUUCGCCGGCUCUCCCUAUCGUGUCUCCAAAGCCCACAACCUCCGCCUCGUUACUGUCACACAAUCCAGCAGCUCGCGUCCAACCACCGUUACUAUCACACCCUCCCCUAUCACGCGGAUUUGCCGGGAUAUUAGUCGAGCUGGGUCUCGUCCCUCCUCCGCCAGACCACGGCGAAGAGGAGGCGCGGAAAAAGGAGGUAAUUAAAGCCGUCCUUAGGCCCGGGUCGGGCAAGAUCCAAGCUAAGAAGGAGCGGCGAUUAGGGAGAAUACCGAGCAUAGUCUUCGAGCAGGAGGACGGGCAUCUGGGCGGCCGAAAACGGCUGGUGUCCGUCGAUCGCAAGCAGAUCGGACGGCUGGUGAAGAAGUUCGGGCGGCCGUUCUUCGUGUCGCAGGUGUUCAACCUCGAGAUUGCCGCGGAGGGCGCGGAAGCGGCGGAAGGGGAGGCGGCGGGAGCGGAGGGGGUGCCGGAAGAAUCAACGGUUGAGAGUGUCCGGAUGAGGGUGAUUCCGAAGCUGGUGCACUGGCAUGGAGCUACGGACGAGAUUCUUAAUGUGACUUUUCUCAAGCUGCCCGAACGCGAAAGCGCACGAGUUAAAGUGCCCGUGCCUUUGGUGUUCGUGGGCGAGGAUGCCUGCCCAGGCAUUAAAAAAGGUGGUUGGCUCUACACCAUGCGUCGCACCCUCCCCUUCUCCUGCCCCCCCUCCGCCAUUCCUCCUUUCGUGGAGGUGGAUCUGUCUGCAUUGGAUGUGGGCCACAAGAUCACCCUUGCUGACGUGGCAAGGCAGGUGGAUCCGCGGCUCAGAUUGCUCCUGGCAGAUGUGUCUCACCCCGUCUGCAAGAUAGCUGGCAGCAGGUCAUUGGCCAAGGAAGCAGCGCCUGCUUAG